CUUCAAAACCACCGGCUCCUCAAAACUGACUGCCCAAACCAAAAUACGUAUAAAAAAAAUUAGUAACUCACGCACGCCUCAACACACACUAAAACCGGAGGCGGUGUUUUCCGUUGGCUCCUUUUUUAGUAUGUUUUCGUUUCCCCACUGAAUUGCAUUACAUACCUCUUCUCCAAGAAACCUUUGUUUCUUAAUAUACGCCAGAGUCUUUACGCUUUGAUCUGUGACUUUCUGCUAAAGUUUGCUUCUUGCCAAAUGGGCUUUUGAAUUCUUCACCUCUUUUGCGCUGUUUUAGUCUCUUCAAAAUUCAGUCUUGCAAAAUGGGUUGCUUACUUGUCGAAUCUUUCUUGAGGGAUUGAUUCCUUUGAGAUAUAAGCCUUUCUUUUCUGUAGGAAUCCAUUCUUUUCUUUUUCACUUCCUCAAUUCUACAGCUUCGUUUCUUCUUCGUUACGAAUUUUUAGGUGUCGUUUUCAGAGAUGUGCUAUGGCCGUAUUCCAGCUAGUUUUAAUUUAUUGGUUUGCUGACUUUUUUUUAAGAUUGGACUUUUUCAAAUCGAUUAGCAAAUUCUAGUUUUCCUACCUUCUUCGAAAUUUCUCUGAGUGUCGAUCAAGCAAACAAACUCUUGUCGCGAUGUGCAGCGAGAAAAUCGACGAGAAUUUGGUUUCUGGAUCGAAUCACGUUUCAGCUGAAAAGAAGGGCAAAAAAUUGACGCUCUUUGAAGAUCUUCUUCACGAUUCAGACGCUGUAAAUUCGAAUAGUGAUGUAUUCAACGGCGAUUCUUGCCCCUCCGACUGCGAGAGCGGCGUUUCCGGCGGAGAAAACGAGAUCGGAAAUGGCGGCGGGGAGGAGAUUUAUGGGAUAAUUACGAAAAACUUUGUGUCGAGCUUGGGCAGGAGUGGAUUCGAUGCCAAAAUUGAGGGGAUUCAUCGGAUUGAUUUCUCGAGCUUCGUUAGCAGAGCAAAGCUUCAAUCUUUCUGUAUAUACUCGAAGGCGGUGGGGAUGAAGUGCGACGGCGAUCCCAAUGUGAAAUACGCUUGGUUUGGAGGUUCCAAGAGUGAGAUUAAUGCGAUUCUCUCUCAUGGCUUCUGCCUUCCUGCGACCAAUGGGAGUCACGGAUAUGGUGUUCAUCUCUCCCCAGUUAAUCAACCUGUUGAAAGUUUGCCAUUGGCUAUUGCUGAUGAAGAUGGCCUAAUGCACAUGUUGCUUUGCCGAGUGAUAAUGGGGGAAAUGGAGGCUGUUUUGGGUGGCUCCGAGCAAUUCAAUCCGAGUAGUGAAGAGUUUGAUUCCGGCGUUGAUGAUUUAGCCUCUCCUCGAAAAUACAUUGUGUGGAGUUCGCGUAUGAACACUCACAUCUUGCCCGAAUACGUGCUCACUUUCAAAGCAUCACCUACUCACAGAGCUGUUUUGAUUGCAGAAGAGCAGAGGCAUUUGCAGACUCCCAGAGUUCCGAAAUCGGAUUGGAUGCCGUUCCCCAGCCUCAUUGCAACACUGACCAAGUUCUUGCCUAGUGAUGCCAUUGAAUCCAUUUCUAAGUUUCACAGUGAUUACAGGAAGCAGAAGGUAACAAGGCACGAAAUGAUUCAACGCGUGAGGCUUAUAGCAGGGGACGAGCUUCUGAUGGCCAUCAUAAAAUCUUAUAGGAGCAAGACAAAAUCAUCUUUGAAUGGUGUUUCAAGAGCUUUGGGGAAAUGAAGAGAAGAAGUUUGAGGUUUCUUAUUUGAAGAAUAGUUAGUUGGUUGUGAUGAGAAGUAUGUGUGAAGCUGACAACCUAACAAGAUUGGACAUACAUACCAUGGAAGAUUUACUCAAAGAUUACUACAUACAGUCAGUCAUAAAGGAAGGAGUAAAAACAAUAAGGAAUUCUUUUUUCCUUAGACUUCUUCCCAGCUUUACUACUCUUUACCUAAACUCUUUUUACUUUAAGGCGUUGUAAUUCAGGAUUUUUCGUGUUGAAUUUCAUCAGUUUAGCUUUUA